AUGGCUACUGACAGAAACCAUGUCCUCUAUCAGUACACGCCGAAUCUUCCAUGUGCCAUAAUUCUAGCUGUACUCUUCGCGUUGACAACUGUCUUCCAUCUCUAUCAGCGAAUCAAAGCGCAUUCGAAGUACUUCAACCCGUUUAUUGUGGGUGGUAUCUUUCAAAUCAUCGGCUAUGGGGCACGCGGCGGCUCUCAUUUCCAUACGAACUCCACGCUUCUUUACGCAAUUCAAUCCCUCCUGAUUUUAUUGGCGCCCACGCUGUACGCAGCGUCGAUAUACACGGUACUGGGUCGAAUCAUCACCUUCCUUCAUGGUGAACAUCUGAGUUAUAUCCCGGUCAAAUGGAUGACAAAGGUUUUCGUUGCUGGGGACGUUCUGUCCUUCAUCCUCCAGGCUGCCGGAGGCGGAAUUAUGACAAGCGGAUCUGAAAAUGCUGUCAAGAUUGGCGAAUGGGUAAUUGUAGCGGGCCUCUGCGUCCAGCUCGUGUUUUUUGGGGCAUUUGUGAUCACAUCGCUCAUCUUCCACAUCAGAAUCAUUCGACGCCCUACCACUGAAAGCGAGAGGCUCAUGACCAAGCGUGGCUCAAUCUGGCCCCGAGACUGGAGAGGUCUCUUGUUCGCAUGCUACAGCGCUAGUGUGUUUAUCUUGAUUCGAUCUGUUUACCGGCUAGUUGAAUUUGUGCAAGGAAACGAUGGGUAUGUCAUCAGCCACGAGGUAUUUUUGUAUGUGUUUGAUGCUGCGAUGAUGUUCUUGGUAAUGGUCGUGAUGAACGUGUUUCAUCCCUCGUUUGUUUUGAGCAAAACGGUGGAAACGCCUAUUCCACAACCUGAAAGAGAUAUUCAGUGCGAACCCGAUCUUGAGAUGCAACAACGCCCUGUUCCAUCUACCAGGGAUUGA